UAGUAGAAGACACUUGCCCAAUGUGCCACGCAGUGGUUGGUAAGCAAGCUACUUACCACACAGUCACUCCUGCGCCUAUAUAAAUAUAUCACAAGAUAAUGAUGUUUCAUUUAUCAUGUUUACAUUCUUCGCUUCAAAUCAAUUAAAGGAUGACAUUGGCAUAAAAGAACUUUUUUUUACAUUAGCUAAAUCUUGAACGUUUAUCAUCUUUUAAAGACUAAAGGAGAACGUUAUACAGAAUAGAAAUGAUCAUAUUGCUAUAAAGUAUGAAAUAUUUGCUCUGAACUGAGACAAAUAGCAACAUUUUCCUAUUCGUUAUUUAGUGGUUUUGCAUUCUAAUUAACUUUGAAAGUGUUUGUAAAGGAGUUUGCAGCAUCAUUAGAUGUUGAUAAGGAUCACAGUUGACGGCACUGGAGAUAAUUGUAACAAAUAAAAUAUAAAAGGAAAACGAAGGAAAAUAUUCGUAUAUUGAGUUCAAAAGAGAAAAAGAAGGGAAAAAAUUUAAUUCUGCAACAAAUUAAAGGUUUGGAGUUUUGUAUUCAUUCGGAGAUGUCGAAUGAUAUCCAAAAAUCAUCAUAUCACUGUGAUAUCUGUGGUAAAUCAUUCACUAAAAGUAGUGACUUCACAACUCAUAAACGUAUUCAUACAGGAGAGAAACCAUAUCAUUGUGAUAUCUGUGGUAAAUCAUUCUCUCAAAAUAUUCACUUAACUACACACAAGCAUAUUCAUACAGGGAAGAAACCAUAUGACUGUGAUAUCUGCGAUCAGUCAUUCUCUCAUAAUAGUGCCUUAACUACACACAAACAUAUUCAUACAGGAGAGAAACCAUAUGACUGUGAUAUCUGCGGUAAAUCAUUCACUGAAAAUAGUAGUUUAACAAAGCACAAACGUAGUCAUACAGGGGAGAAACCAUUUCACUGUGACAUUUGUGGUAAAUUAUUUUCUCAAAAAGGUAAUCUAACAACUCAUAAACACAUUCAUACAGGAGAAAAACAAUUUCACUGUGAUAUCUGUGGUAAAUUAUGCUCUCAAAAAGGUAACCUAGCCACACAUAAACGUAGUCAUACAGGAGAGAAGCCAUUUCAAUGUAAUAUUUGUGGUAGAUCAUUCUCUCGAAUUGAUAAGUUAACUUCUCACAAACGUAUUCAUACAGGAGAGAAACCAUAUCACUGUGAUAUCUGUGGCAAAUCAUUCUCUGUAAAUAGUAUCUUAACUACACACAAACGUAUUCACACAGGAGAGAAGCCAUAUCAUUGUGAUAUCUGUGGUAGAUCCUUCUCUGGAAGUUGUGACUUGACUAACCACAAACGUAUUCAUACGGGACAGAAGCCAUAUCACUGUGAUAUCUGUGGCAAAUCAUUCUCUGUAAGUAGUGCCUUAACAACUCACAAACGUAUUCACACAGGAGAGAAGCCAUUUCACUGUGCUAUCUGUGGUAAAUCGUUUUCUCGAAUACAUAACUUGGCUUCUCACGAACGUAUACAUACGGGAGAGAAGCCAUAUUGCUGUGAAAUCUGUGGCAAAGCAUUUACUCAAAGAAGUCAUUUAACUACACAUGUAUCAAUCCAUAUGAAAGUGUGACUGAAUCAUUGCCACAACUCAUUACAGCACAUGUCAGUAACUAAUAUUUUAAGGCGGUGAGCUGGCAGAAACGUUAGCACGCCGGGCGAAAUGCUUACCGGUAUUUCGUCUGCCAUUACGUUCUGAGUUCAAAUUCCGCCGAGGUCGACUUUGCCUUUCAUCCUUUCGGGGUCGAUAAAUUAAGUACCAGUUAUGCACUGGGAUCGAUGUAAUCGACUUAAUCCCAUUGUCUGUCCUUGUUUGUCCCUUCUGUGUUUAGCCCCUUGCGGGCAAUAAAGAAAUAAGUAACUAAGAUUUUAAAACCGUUUCCCAUGCUGAAGCAUGAGCCUUGUGAAUUUACCAGAAAUCCAUGAAGCCAUGGCAAUAAUUAUACUCAUCAUUGUUCCGUUUUUGGAGAAAGUGUUUUGCAGCCAGAUGUCCUUGAUGCCAACGAUUUUAGUAACCAAGUUACCUGGGAUACAUAUAGUUUAUCUGGACACAAUCUGUUGAUUAAAAUUCAUUCCAUUUAAGAAAUAACUUGUAUAACCAUAAAUGUAUUCACCAGGAAAGAAAAUUCAGCAGUGUGAUAACAAGCUGCUGUCACUAUAUUUUAUAUCACUACAGUUAUAUCAACAUUGGUGAGAUAACAUAUUACUGUGAUAUAUUUUAAAUAAAAAGCAUUCUCAUAAAGGAUAUAGGAAAGAUAUUGUUGAUGUAUUUGAUAUUCUGGGUGAAUAACUGAGAAAUAUGUUCUCAGAGAUCUGUAAUAUCGCUGUAACAUUUGUUAUGAUCUCAAUAAAUAAAAUUUAAAACAAAAA